GCCUUCCAAAGUGCUGGGAUUACGGGCAUGAGCCACCACAUCCACCUGUAAAUUUUUAUUACUGUCUGUCCUUUAGAUUUUGCAUAGAUAUUUACCAUAAUUUAUAGUUUCAGAAACACACCUAAUGGUAGUAACACUUGCUCAGGAUCUUGUAACUCAAAUUUAGGGCUGUCUAGGUCCUUUAUUUCUUCUGGAAAAAUCUAGAAAGAACAUAUUGUCUUCUGUCCUGAAUAUUUAAUCUCUAGUAACCAGGGUUUAAGUAAUAGUAGAUGAAUUAGACUGAAUGAAGACUCGAAUUAUAGUUUUGACAGAACUGCAGAGUUUACAGAAUACCAAGUAUUGUAAUAUGGAAAUUAUACCAGGGGUGUGAACACAGGGCUAAUUGUUCAUUCAUUCAUCUCCUGAAUAUUUAAUGAUGACUUGAUGCUAGGUCCAUUUCUAAGUUUGGGGGAUACAUCAAUGAAUCAAAUAGGCAAAAAUUUCUGUCCAAGUUGUUUUCUUGUAAUGAGGGAUAUAGACAAUAAAACAUAUAAGUAAAAUUACAUGAAUGAUAGUAGUAAGUGUUAGGGAGUGAAAAAAGGGAAGAGGAAUAGGAAUUAUCAAAGUCGGGAUAAGGUAUUAAAAUUUUAGAUAGGGUGGAGUGUUAAUUGAUAUUUCCCAAGUAACAAAUCACCUCAAAACACAGUAGUUAAGACCAUGAGCAUUUAUUUCUUGCCUACAGAUUUGUGGUUGAUAGCAGUUUGUCUGAUCCAGGCCUUAUUUGACUGGGUGGCUCUGCUUCUGCCUUUUUGUGGGUAGGGGCAGAUAUCUGGAUUUCUGUUUAGGUUAUGUUGUGAUGUCAGAGUUCCAAGAGAGGUUGACUAGGCUAUUGGAUUAUUGAUAGUUAAAGGAGAGGUCAAGGUUGGAGAUAGAAAUUUAAAACCUUGAGACUAAAUGAUAAUAGGAGUGAGUAUGGUUAGAAAAGGCAUUUUAGGACUGAACUUCAAGGUAGUUAAGUAUUUAGAAGUUGGAGAAAUGUGGAGAAACUGGCAAAGGAGACAGAAGUAACUGCAAGAAAACACAGAUUUUGUCUUGACCCCUUGUUUGUCUACAGGAACCAGUUUUACUGUAGCAUAUGAGCUGCCUCUCUAACAAGAACUUUAGGUUGGCUGAGAAGGCUGUUACAAUGUACAGGGACCCUGUACACAUAGGCUCCCUCUUUACAUCUGCCUUCAGAGGCCUUGAUGUGUCCAGAAGGGUGGGUGACUUCAUUUUUAAAAGCAAUAUUGAGUGCUUAAUGUGUGCCAGGUGCUAUUCUAGGCACCGAGGAAUGAAAACAAAGUUUUCCUAAUUUCAUGAGGCUUACAUUCUAGUGGGGACAUCAAGCCAAAUCUAAAACCAGGGGAUUAUUCAGUAGACAUAAACAGCUGGUAGAACAAAAGUUUCAUUGGUCCAGUUUCCAAAGCAAGAAGUUAGAGAAAUUCUGCAUAGAAAAUUGGCAGAGGUCUAGGCAUGGGGUCAUUUAGAUAACUAUGUGCCCCAUAUAGCUAAAACAAAUCUAAUACUAAUAUUAAUCUGAUUGUACCCCUCAUGCAGAGUCAGGAAACUAAGUGUAUGAUAGGUGUCAACUCCCAUUUUUCAGAAAUGUUACCUUUAUCACAAAGCCAGAAAAUCUAAAAAAAAAAAUUAAUUCUCCUUUCGCAAUUACUCUUCCUAUUUUCUUUCACAAGUAUCAAGUAUUACAGUUCAGCUAAACUCUAAAUGAUUUGUCAAACCAUAAAGUUAACUUUCACUUUUCAAACAUUUUCUGAUUUUUCUUUCUAUACAUUUCACAGCAUUCAACUUUAGGUUAAGAGUACAAGGUUUGAAUAAUUUGGAUAUAUAUUUUUCCCUCCCCCAUUUUCACAUCUUAUCCCACAUCUCACACAUCUAAUCACAUCUAUCCCAGAAUAAGAAUGUUGCCUUGUCUUUUUUUUUAAACACAAGUACUAUCCAUUGUUUCUGAAUCCAGUGUUGAGUAUAAGUAAAGAUGACAGUGGUAUACUUUUAAGUUAAGGUACAAUAAUCCUGGUAACUACUAUUUCUUGAAGACCUAUCUCUUUGAUGCAGAGCAUGGGUCUUUACUUAUUUCACUUAUAAAUUUCUAGUCUUUCAGAAAAUGAAUACUAUUAGACUUAUGAAAUGGGUGGAUAUCUAUUUCCUGAAUUAAAAUGUGAAGCUGUUUUCCAAGACAGUGGUGUCCAAAGUAUAGUAUGUGCACCUCAGGAGAUGUGUGAAACUGUCUCUUGAAAUGUGGGAACAAGUAUUAAAGCUUUUUUCCCUGGCUUUUAUCUCAUUCUUUUUUAUGUUAUAAUGAUUAGGCCCACAUGUAAUUUAUAAGUGAAUUGAUUUUCUUAUAUUUUCUUAUAUUUCAGCAUAUUCUCAGAUCUUUUACCGUUUUAGGGAUAUGUGAUCAAAAAAGUUUAGAGACUUCAUUUUUAAAAAUCUUUAACUUUGAGAGAUCAUUUAGUCAGGCAUGAACUAUUGUCCAUUUCAUUAUUUCAGUACUAUGUAUAGUAUCUGAAUUGUUUUAUUGAAUAGAAAAACUCUUAGCACAAACUAAUGUGACUAGUGACUAUGAAAUAUUAAGGUGGCAUAACUUUUACAGUAUUAUUUAUAGACUAAUAAGAUGUGUAAAUGGUUUUGUUUCUGAGUAUGUGCAUGUGCAUAUUAUCUAGUCCAGCUCAUAAUUGUAUAUCAAGCUAAUACAAAAUUAAAUAUUGCACAAGAAGUAAUGGGGCUUGGAAGAAAAUGGAAUUGCAGGUGCUAAAAUUUGGGCAUGAAUUUCUGCUCUUACUGAUUUAUUACCUAUGAGAACUCUCUAAGCCUCAGUUUCUUAAUUUUUGAAACUGAUUAAUGUUUAUCUUCCAGAGUUGUGUAAAGAUCAGAUGUUUAUUCAAUGUACAUAGCUUGGAGCGUGGCACAUAGGAGCUGAUGAAAAUUAAGUUUAUUUUCAAUGCAACCUUAGGUUAUACACUCAGUUAAUUUUCCAAAAGCUUGCUCUGUCUUCUUACUAUACCCUUCCUACAUAUGUAUGCCUUUCUGAGAUAACAGUGAGCUGCCGGUUUUCUUACACGUGUGGAGCAAGUUGGAGGUGGAUAGGGCAGGCUUUCAUUGGUGGUGGUAGAGCCAAGUACAUGAAAGAAGUAUUUUGUAUUCCCUGGUUGAUCACCAUAUCUGCAUGUGUUAUGUCUCAGGAUUUUCCCUUCUUUUCUCAUUAUUGUCUAACAGCUGUAAUGACAAUAUAAUAUUUUUAAAUUGCUGAAAAUAUUCUACCUUUGGUAUAUGUGCUUAAGGGGAGCAUAUGGUUCUUCCAGUGGUUUCUAGCUACAUUUCUGAAGAGUUUGAUUUUAGCAGUGCUAUCUGUAAAUAUUUGAAAUGAAUGGCUUGUUUAGUAUCUGGAUGGUUUUUCAGGUAAAUCCUAACCUGUGCAUAUUCAUUGUAGCUACAUUCCAACUAUUCAAAACAAUAUGUAUAUACUGUAGGUUUACCUGUGUAAGUCCACAAGUAACUAACUGAAUAGCUCUGAAUAGAAUUUAAAACCUGCUUAAGACAAGAUGUUAAUUUUGCUUUAGGAAAAGUUGUUUCCUAUGUUGGCUUAUUUGAAACAAGAGGUGGUGCAUGUACAUUACAAGGCUCUUGUUUCCCAGUUUAAGCAGGCCUAUUGCUAACAAUGAUCUUUGCAAAGUGGCAAGAGCUAAGAUGAACAGUGAUCUUUUGGGACAGAAAAUAUCUUCCAGUUUCUGGCAACUUUUGCAAAGAUUUUUCCACUACCAUCCAUCGGUUUGGGAGUUUGACUAAGCAAACUGUAUAUUUAUUAUUUGGGGCAAAUAAUAUUUUAGCUACUCGUGUCUAGAUGUUUUUAUUUUGUAGCUUUACCAGGAAGUUAAACAAAUUCAAAACUGGAGAAAUUAAUAGUAAAUUAUAAAACCAAAUAGUCUGUAUAUUUUGUUUAUUCUGAUUACUGCUAAUACAAAGUAAUGGUGCAACUUGUUAUUCUUUUGGGUCUAACCUAAUGGCCUCAGCCAUUUUUGUCUACACAGAGUUCACUAACAUGAGAAAUAAAGACUUUCCUAGUUCUGUAAACUCAGAACACCUGCUUAAUUGGACUGAAUGCGUUCCCCCUUGUUCAGUGUUGAAACCUAGCCCCCAAUGUGAUAGUAUUAGGAGGUGGGGCCUUUGGGAGAUAAAUUAGGUCCCUGCUAAUUUAGCAGACAUACCCGGAUCAACAAUAGUUAAAAUUCUGAUUCCAAGGAAUUCCUAUCACAAAAUAUCCUGCCACAUUCUUGAAAGUGUUUCCUUCAAGUUUUUUUUUAAGGCUUGAAGUGACCAUGGCAUCUUACGUUUCAACUUUAGGGAGUUUUUUGGAGUUCUUCUGGUAAAAUUUAGCAGAAAUGAUAACUAGCAGUAUCAGAGCCUGCUUGUUAACAGACCCAUGAUCUUCUGGAGUACAUUUAAUUCAAUGUUGAGGUAGGAAAUCCAGCUUUUCAAAAUAGCUCUCAAAAUUUUAACUAAGUUGCAUGUUCAAGGUGGUGGUAUUGCAGCAUUGUUUGUAAUAACAAUUUUAAAAAAAAAGUCAAACCCAGAGACAGCUGAAGUUUUUAUCAAUGGUCUGGUAAAAUGACAUGAUCAUACACUGGUAAAAUGAUAUAUUCAUACAUUGGCCUAUUAUGCAGUUUAAAGACUAAAGUAGAUGUAUAUGUGGUGGUGUGAAAAAUGGAAGGUACUGAAUAGUAUGCACACAUUAUGCUGUCUUUUGUGUCAUGGUGUCAUGUGUGAUAUAUUUGAAAAAUAAUUUUUCUUAUCCCAUUUCUUAAAUCUCAUUAACAUUCCUUUUCAUCAAUAGCAUUUCUCCUUCACAGACAAGUUAAUUAAUUUUGCUACAAACCUAAACAGUUAAAUGAUGAUGAUUAUGAUUAUGGUUAUGAAAAUGCUGUUGAUAGGAACACUUAUAGAGUGCUUACUAAGUGCCAGGUACUAUUCUAUUCUGUGUUUUAAGCAUUUAAUCUUCACAACCCUAUGAAAGAGGAGGUACUGUCAUUCCUAUGUUUUAGAUAAGCAAGCUGAAGCACAGAGAAUGUUUAUUAAUUUCACAUAAAAUCACACAGCUAGCUAGUAUGUGUCAAAGCAGUGUGUGUGUCAAAUGAUACCCUUACAGAGUGAUACAGGGUUUCUGUGCUCCUAAACUACUAUGCAGUCUCUCAACUUAAUGUUGACAUUAAUGGAAAUGUAGAUACUUUAUGUCAUUUUGCUUUCUUGUAGACAUAAGUUUGUUUGUGUUUGUACAUGUAUAAUGUCAGCACGGUCUUAUUUUUCUUCCCCAAAACAAUCUCUGUGUCCACUCAAUUAAGCUUCUUAAUCUUAACUUGUUCAUCUAACUGAAUGGUUCUCAAUGGAAAGUAAUUUUAUGCCCCAAGGGGUAUUUGACAAUAUCUGGAGAUAUUGUUGAUUGCCACAAUGGGGCUGAUGUGUAUGGAUGUGUUGGAGUGUGUGUGUUAGCAGGGAGCUGCCUCUGGCAUCUGGUGGACAGAGGCUAGGGGGUGCUGUGAAAUGUCCUAAAAAAUGCAUAUGACAACUUCCCGUAACAGGAUUAUCCAAACCUGAAUGUCAGUAGUUCCAAAAUUGAGAGACCCUGAUUUUGUGGGCAGAGGAAAAGUUCUUAAUAACUGAAUUCCUUUCCUGAAAAAUACAAAAUAUAUUACUUUGUUUUAAAUUAGUAGCAUGGAGAAAAGUAUUGAACUUUAUUUUUGUUGUUUUCCACACUAAUACUCUUUUUUUUUCUCCUGUCAUUGGGUAGUCUGUAAGUGCUAGAGUUGACAAAGGAGGAAAAUUCAUGGGACAUCCACCCACACGUUGAAAUGUGAACUUGUUGGUAUAUUAGAGUCUCUAUCUUGGUCAGGUAUUUUUGAAAUAAUCCAGUAGUGCCAUAGACAAUUGUUUUUGGAUAUACAUAGAAAUUGAUCCUUCCUUUGUUAAAGCUUCAGACUUUUAUUUAUUUGAGUUCUUUCCUCAGGAAAGGAUCUUCAGGCCUCUCAAAAAAAUAUCCAAGAACUGAAACUUACCAGAUCACUGUACCAGAUGCCUCCUUGCCCCUUCCUAGUUAUUGUUUUUUUGUGCAUCGUUAUAUUUUUUCCUGCUAUAUAAACCCCUAAUUUUAGUCAGGUAGAUGAAUUUGAGACUGAGCUCACAUCUCUCCAAUUAAAGCCUUCUUCCUUGGCAAAAUGUGUUGUUUCAGCUAUUAGCUUUCCAGGCGGCCAGCAGUAGGAUCUAGACUGAACCCUUGGUAUUUCGGUAACAUUUUAGUCAGGAUGAACAUUUGAGUGGAUUUUAAUAAAAAUGUGACUAUAUACAGGUUAGGAAGGUGACAGUAACACAAGUUAAAUGUUUAAGUAGAUUAUUUAAAAAUUAUAAAUAAAAACUGUGCCUGCUUUGAUGUGAAUAUACUCAGCUUUAAAAAUUGAAACAAAAUACCUUUACAACUAAAAAAUAUUGUUAAAAUUUCAGUAAGUGUGAGAGAAAGUAGAAGGUGAGAGCUCAGGUAGAAGGAACAGUAAGAAAGGCAUAUAAUUAAGAUAUGGAUGGCAAUACCUUAUUUUUCAACCAGUAAAACACAGCCUACAAAUAAGAUCAUCUUGGUUAGUGGAUAUAGGUGUGCUAUAAAUUGAUGUUGAACUUUAGCUUGCCCUCAGAUCAACCAACAAGAACCUGGGUUCCUGCAGGAAAGCAGUCUCUUAAUCCCAGGUAGUAAGAGUAAAUAUUGUUUCCUGCUGACAGGGAAAGUCUAUUGAAAUGAAUACACUAGGGGAAACUAGAUUUACCUCCCACCACCCCCCCUCCCCCCGCCAUGUUAACCCUGACUUAAAAGGUUUCCUGCAACCUCUUCUAGAAUGGUAAAAACCUUUGGAUUAUUUUAGCAGCACAGUGGUAACGUUUCAGGCUGGCUACUUCCUUUCGGUUGCUAGGCACUUCGCCUUUCUCCCCAACAGAGGCUGUCAAGUGCUAUUGCUGUUGCUGUUGCCGGUAGUGUUUGCCACACAUACCUGCUUAGCUCCUGGGAAAUGAUGAGAUUGAUGAUUCUCUCUCCUGGAAAACCUUUCAUCACAGAGAUUCAUUUCAGCACUAAAGGGCAGUAUUUAAAGUCAGUUUGCAAGCAGUGGAGUAAGACUUUUGUAAAGAAACCUUGUGCAGCAUGGACUCUCUACCAGAAGAAUUUUUUGUGAGGCAUCCCCAUGUGGAGGAUCAGAGGAAGGAAGAAACUGAGAAUAAACCAGAAAAAUCAUCAUCUGUUCAACUGGACAAACAGGAAAAGAAUGUUCCUACUGAUCUUGUUCCUGUUAACCUACUAUUAGAAGUGAAGAAGUUAUUAAGUGCAAUUAAUACUCUACCAAAAGGUGUGGUUCCUCACAUUAAGAAGUUCUUACAAGAAGAUUUUUCCUUCCAAACUAUGCAGAGAGAAGUUGCAGCUAACAGCCAGAAUGGUGAGGAAAUUGUCCCUGCUUUGACUUUACGUUUCUUGAUAACACAACUGGAAGCAGCACUCAGGAACAUUCAAGCUACUAAUUAUACUGCACACCAGAUUAAUAUUGGUUAUUAUUUGACGUUACUGUUUUUAUAUGGAGUAGCACUCACUGAAAGAGGAAAGAAAGAGGAUUAUACAGAAGCUGAGAAUAAAUUUCUGGUGAUGAAGAUGGUGAUCCAAGAGAAUGAAAUUUGUGAAAACUUUAUGCCUUUAGUUUAUUUUGGACGUGGUUUACUGCGAUGUGCUCAGAAGAGAUAUAAUGGGGGACUGCUAGAAUUUCAUAAGGGCUUACAAGAAAUUGGAGAUAUAAAUGACCAUUGGUUUGACAUAGAUCCUACAGAAGAUGAAGAUUUACCUACAACUUUUAAAGAUCUUCUUAAUAAUUUUAUCAAGACAACUGAAAGUAAUAUAAUGAAGCAGACCAUUUGUAGUUACCUAGAUUGUGAACGAUCUUGUGAAGCUGACAUUGUGAAGAACACCAGUUAUAAGGGAUUUUUUCAGUUAAUGUGCAGUAAAAAUUGCUGUGUUUAUUUCCACAAAAUUUGCUGGAAAAGGUUCAAGAAUUUAAAAUAUCCAGGUGAAAAUGAUCAGAGUUUUAUUGCGAAGAAAUGUUUGAAGGAAGGAUGUACAGGUGACAUGGCAAGGAUGCUGCAAUGUGAUGUACCUGGAAUUGUUAAAAUUUUGUUUGAAGUUGUGAGAAAGGAUGAAUAUAUAACCAUUGAAAAUUUAGGAGCAAGUUAUAAAAACUUGGUAUCUCUGAAAAUAGCUGAUACUGAUAUAAGACCGAAGAUCAGUUUAAAAUUUAAUGCAAAAGAUGAAAUGCCUAUCUUCAAGCUUGAUUAUAAUUAUUUCUAUCAUCUGCUUCAUAUAAUUAUUAUUUCUGGUACUGACAUUGUUCGGCAAAUAUUUGAUGAGGCUAUGCCACCCCCUCUUUUGAGAAAAGAGCUUCUUAUACACAAGAAUGUGCUGGAAUCUUACUACAACCAUCUCUGGACCAAUCAUCCUUUGGGUGGAUCAUGGCAUCUGCUUUAUCCUCCAAACAAGGAGUUACCACAAUCCAAACAGUUUGACUUAUGCCUCCUACUAGCUCUCAUAAAGCAUUUGAAUGUGUUCCCUGCACCCAAAAAAGGAUGGAAUAUGGAACCGCCAUCUUCUGAUAUCUCUAAAUCUGCAGACAUCCUGAGACUGUGCAAAUACAGGGAUAUCCUCCUUAGUGAGAUUUUGAUGAAUGGUCUCACUGAGUCACAAUUCAAUUCAAUUUGGAAAAAAGUUUCAGAUAUUCUUCUGCGCCUUGGGAUGAAGCAAGAAGAUAUUGAUAAAGUGAAGGAGAAUCCCAUUGAGAAUAUCUCCCUUGAUUACCAUCAGCUGUCCAUCUACCUAGGCAUACCCGUACCAGAAAUCAUACAGAGGAUGUUAUCCUGCUAUCAACAAGGAAUUGCUCUACAGUCAAUAACGGGCAGUCAGUGUAUUGAAAUAGAAGAGUUACAGAACGAGGAAGAAGAACUAAGUCCACCUAUCAUGGAAUACAAUAUAAAUGUGAAAUCAAGCCCUGAAAUACAGUUUGCAGAAAUUAAUAAAGAUGGGGCCUCAAUACCCAGUGAAUCUUCAACAGAAUCUCUUAAAGAUCUCCAGGAAGUUAAGAGUAAACAAAGGAAAAAGAAAAAGACUAAGAAUAAAAAGAAUACAGACUCAAAAGACGAGCAAGUCCCAUAUGUGGUAGAAAAGGAAGAACAGUUGAAGAAAGAACAAGCAAAUCCACACUCAGUCAGUAGAUUUAUAAAAGAUGAUGCAAGUGAUGUUCAAGAGGAUUCUGCAACGGAAGAUAAGUUUUAUAGCCUGGAUGAAUUGCAUAUUCUGGACAUGAUAGAGCAGGGCUCAGCUGGCAAAGUAACUACAGACUAUGGAGAAACUGAAAAGGAAAGGCUUGCUCGUCAAAGGCAGCUUUAUAAAUUGCACUAUCAGUGUGAAGAUUUCAAAAGACAGUUGAGAACAGUGACUUUUCGGUGGCAAGAAAGCCAAAUGCAGAUUAAAAAGAAAGACAAAAUUAUUUCAUCUCUUAAUCAACAAGUGGCUUUUGGAAUCAAUAAGGUUUCCAAAUUACAGCGUCAAAUCCAUACUAAAGAUAAUGAAAUCAAGAACCUUAAAGAGCAACUUUCCAUGAAAAGAUCUCAGUGGGAAAUGGAAAAGCAUAAUCUGGAAAGCACAAUGAAAACAUACGUGAGCAAACUGAAUGCAGAAACUAGCAGAGCUUUAACAGCCGAGGUGUAUUUCUUACAGUGUCGUAGGGAUUUUGGUUUGCUUCAUCUGGAGCAGACUGAAAAGGAAUGUCUCAAUCAACUUGCCAGGGUGACUCACAUGGCAGCAAGCAACCUAGAAUCACUUCAAUUAAAAGCUGCGGUAGACAGUUGGAAUGCCAUAGUGGCAGAUGUUAGAAACAAGAUUGCAUUCCUCAGGACACAGUACAAUGAACAAAUAAACAAAGUAAAGCAAGGAUUUGCCUUGAGUACCUUGCCUCCAGUCCAGCUUCCUCCUCCACCACCCAGUCCGGAGAUACUGAUGCAGCAGUUCUUAGGAAGACCCCUUGUGAAAGAAUCUUUCUUUAGACCCAUACUUACUGUUCCUCAAAUGCCUGCAGUUUGCCCAGGAGUCAUCUCUGCAACUGGCCAACCUAGAGCCCCCCUGAUGACUGGCAUAGCCUGGACUCUGCCAGUGCCUGUAGGAGACGCCGUGCCCCCCAGUGCAGGUCUGGGGAGUGAUCCCUCCAUGAUGAAUUGGGAGAGAAUUACAGACAGGCUGAAAACUGCCUUUCCACAACAGACCAGAAAGGAACUUACAGAUUUUUUACGAAAACUGAAGGAUGCUCAUGGGAAGUCCUUGUCUGGACUGACAUUUGAUGAAAUUGUUUGCAAGAUUUCCCAGUUUAUUGACCCCAAAAAAUCUCAGAGUCAAGGAAAAUCAGCGUCAAAUGGUAAUUGUGUUUCACCUAGUCAUUCUCCAUCACAGCCUAAUGCUGCCCAGCCCCCAAAACCAGCCUGGCGGCCCCUCACUUCACAAAGUUCUGCCACAUGGGAAGGAGCCAAUAAGCCAGAUGAGGAAGAGGAGGAAGAAGAGCCUUGCGUGAUCUGUCACGAGAAUCUGUCUCCAGAAAACCUUUCAGUUUUGCCUUGUGCUCACAAAUUCCAUGCUCAGUGCAUUAGACCAUGGUUGAUGCAACAGGGGACAUGUCCAACCUGCAGACUCCACGUUUUGCUACCAGAAGAAUUCCCUGGUCAUCCUAGCCGGCAGUUGCCCAAGAUCUGAUAUAAGGUGGGGGGUGCCUAUGUAGGGGAAGCUCAGUUUUCAGACUCCAAAAUUUAGGUCUGCCUUUUAUUAUGAGCUGCUUGUGUAAGUGGUGUAAAGCUGUGUGCUCUUCAAUAUAGUGUUAAAGAAGCCAGCUAAUCUUAUCAAAACAGCAGCCAAAGAAGUCAGAACAGAUCUUCAGGACUUGUGAACUGAACUGAAGGGGCUUGAAGCAGAUGGGAUUUUAAUAGUUACACUAUAUUUGCUCUUAUCUUAGUAGGUUUUUUCUUAUAAUGGAAACAUGAUAACUGUUAGUAUAUUUCUUAGGAUGUUUUAAUGUUUUUUCUUGUCUUUUUAAAAUUCUUAUUUUACUCAUCCUUUAUUCUCCCCUCAAGUAUUCUACACUAUAAUUUCCUGAAAUAAAUUUAAGCAAGAGGAAAAGGGAAA